GUUGUUGUCCGGGGAGACGGAGGCGCACAUGUCAAGGAUAUCCUGUUCUCUACUCCUGCCGAACCAUGGCGCUGUCAUCUCCACAUCUCCCCCGUACUUGUGCGACACCCUAGCUCCGUCUCAUAUAGCCCAUCAUAUUGCUCAUGGAUAUUGCUGGCACACUUCGGGGGGUACGAAAACUCAUUCUCUCGCAUGGCGUCCACGACUUGCCGGGUCAAGCGCUACUGACGCAAGCCAGGAUGGUCCUCCAUUAUAUUAGGACUGUAUCGCGCUGGUUGAGGUUCGCUUCAAUUCACCACCUUGCAAUCUCGAUCUUGUGCCGUCACUUUAAUAUUGUCUUCGUGGAGUACCAGCCAACAUGCCAAGUCCAACCGAUGCCACAGUGAACGGCCACAACAACGGCCAUAUCAAAAAGCCCACUCAAGAAGCUUUCACCAACAACCAUGUCGCGAUCGCUCCCAACGACCCGGAGGAGGUACCUGGACUGCUGAAGAGAAUCGCGCUGCACGGGGAGGCUUACCUCAUAGAGAAUGACGAGCUCGAAAGGACCAAGAUACUGAAUUCCGCCCGCUCGCUGGUGUAUGCCUUGGAGACGCCGCGCGAGGCAGUCAUCCGACACUGCUGGUCUCAGAGCGCGCUUUACGCGGCCAUUGAGAUAGGAGUAGACCUGGAUCUUUUCACGGCGCUGUCGCGGGAUGACAGGUCCAAGUCUGCAGCUGAGCUUGCAACGGCGACCGGGGUCAGCCGGGUGAUGCUGUCACGCAUCCUCAAGCAUCUAGCCGCAAUGGGCGUCAUCAAGGAGUCCGGACCAAACGAAUACCGCCGGACCGGGUUCUCUAUCUCCAUGCAGUCGCCUCGUUACAGCGACGCCUACCCAUGCAUGACCGGUUGCGUCACAGCAGGAGUGCUCGCUCUCCCCGCCCACCUCAAAGCAACCAACUACAUGCUCCCCAACGACGGCACCAAAUGCGCCUUCCAGCGCGGCUUCGACACCAACCUCCACUUCUUCGAUUUCCUGAAACAGCACCCCCAGCACGCCAGCGAGUUCAACAAUCACAUGUCCGUCUACCACCAAGGCCGGCCCAGCUGGAUGGACUUGGGGUUCUACCCCGUGCAAACCCUGGUGCAGGAAGCCACCGUGACCCCCGACGAUGUCCUACUAGUCGACGUCGCCGGCGGGAUAGGCCACGACCUGUCUGAAUUCCACCGCAAGUGGCCCGACUUGCCUGGUCGACUGAUCGUGCAGGAAUUGCCCGAGGUCGUGUCCCAAGCGCGCGAGCUGAACCUGAACCCGAAGCUUGAGCUGAUGGAACAUGAUUUCUUCGAAGAGCAGAUCGUCAAGGGCGCAAGAGCAUACUACAUGCAUUCCAUCCUGCACGACUGGACCGACGACAACUGCCGCCGCAUCCUGGCGAACCUCGUCCCCGCCAUGCGGAAGGGCCACAGUAAGCUCCUUAUCAACGAGAAUGUCAUCCCCGAGACGAACGCGUACUGGGAGACCACGAGCCUGGAUAUCAUCAUGAUGGCGGACUUCUCGUCGAUGGAGCGCACGGAGAGCCAAUGGCGGGCGCUGGUGCAGUCCGUGGCCGGACUGCGGGUGGUGAAGAUCUGGACUGCGAGGAGGGGGGUCGAGAGUCUGAUUGAGUGUGAGCUUGUUUGAGUGGUUUGGAUCCGCUGUGUGAUUUGCUGGAGGUGGUAGCUUGAGAAUGCU